AACGCUCUGACGUCAUUGGUUCGUCGCUACCACUUCACUGAGGGGUGUCGGUGUACGGAAAUAAGACAAUAAAAGAACUCGGGAACGCCCCAUUGGGGGUAUAUCACUAUACUUUUGAAUUGUUCAGGGUUAGAAAUGUAAAGGGGACAUUUGUAGACUUACAAGUUAGACAAAUCGAAUUGCUCCGAACUGGGUUAUCGACAUAAUUGUCCAAACGCAGCUCACGUCAGAGAGGGAGUAUCAUCUUUCCGAUUGCACCUGAAAGCCUCAGCCACAGCAGGUCUCGCGGACGAGGAAGAAGAUGCCCAUUUGAACUGACACAAUUCGCGUUUAGGAGUUUGUGGAAAUUAUCUAUUAUUGUAUUCGAUUUAAACCAACAAGACGUCGUAACGUAGCGUAGCAGCGAACCAGCACCUCCUAAAAUGCUUCAGUCACUCGCCAGCAAUUCUUGCGUUCGUUUAAUCCAAAAUCACAAAUCGAUGUGGUAUUUUUUAUCUCUAGUUUUAGGCUAUGUCCUUUAUCUAAUUUUCGGGGCCGUGGUUUUCUCCUCCGUGGAGCUGCCUUAUGAAGACCUCCUGCGUCAGGAGCUGCGGGCCAUCAAAAGACAGUUCCUCCAGGAGAACGACUGUCUCUCCGAGGAGAGGCUGGAGAGGUUCCUGAAGAAAGCCUUGGAGGCCAGCAACUAUGGGGUCUCCAUCCUCAACAACGCCUCUGCUAACUGGAACUGGGACUUCACCUCUGCCCUGUUUUUCGCCAGCACGGUGCUGUCCACCACAGGAUACGGUCACACAGCCCCUCUGUCCGAUGGCGGGAAGGCCUUCUGCAUCAUUUACUCAGUGAUCGGCAUCCCCUUUACCCUCCUCUUCCUCACGGCUGUGGUGCAAAGGAUCAUGGUGUUCACCACGAGGAGGCCAGUUGUGUACAUUCACACUCGCUGGGGGCUGUCUAAGCCACUCGUGGCCAUCGUUCAUGCCACUCUGCUCGCCAUGGUGGCUGUCUCCUGCUUCUUCCUCAUCCCUGCUGCCAUAUUCUCUGUGCUGGAGGAGAACUGGAACUUCCUGGAGUCCUUCUACUUCUGUUUCAUCUCUUUAAGUACCAUUGGUCUGGGAGACUAUGUACCUGGAGAGGCGGCUAACCAGAAGUUCAGAGAGCUCUACAAAGUGGGCAUCACUGUUUACCUGAUCCUGGGUCUGAUCGUCAUGCUGGUGGUGCUGGAGACCUUCUGCGAGCUGCAACAACUCAAGCAGCUGAGGAAGAUGUUCUACCUGAAGAAGGAGAAGCCGCAGGACCGCGUUAACAUCCUGGAGCACGAUCACCUGUCCUUCACCACCGUUUCUGACAGCACUGCAGCCCACGAGGAGAAAACCCAAACCUUCGUCAGCGUCCCGACCCUGGUCUCUCCCAACGACGACCCCAUGAUUCAGUAAAACCAUCCAGGCUGGAGGUAGAUGAAUCCGUUCUGUCUCAACCUACGCAGCGGCCCAUAUGUUAGAUUCAACCCAAUAGGUUCAAAAUAUGGUCAUUGUAGUACAGCAAACGUAUAAAAAAAAUAAAUCGACAAGAGCAAUUUUAACCAGCCACUUUCCUCUGUAGUCUGUAACACUGACAGAAGAUAAAAGCCUUUAAAACCCCUAUUUAUUGCACAUUAAUUGCUUCACCUACUGCCCAUGUCAAAGAAGAAGAAACUUCUUUCUUAAAAUUUUGCAAACUGUAGAAAUGUUUGUGCCAUACAUUUGUAUAGAUAGAUAUAUGCUUGACACUCAUUUAGAAACAACAUCUUAGGGUAAAUAUUUUAGGUGUCCAUUAAAGAUAAGAAACAGUAAAGUCAUUACAAACAUCCACAAUUAUUAUAAUACUGGUUUAAGUAUUGUACUUGUAACACGCUGUAGUAUAUUUUCAUUUGAGGAAUGGUUUCAGUUUUUAAUGGAGAUGAAGUUGGAGAUGAAGAUGAGUUUUCAGCCUCCGUACUGAAAGUCGUCAUUUAUUUAAGUUUUAAAAGCUUGCCGUUAACAAUCUGCACAAGCUCCAUUUCUUUUCAGUAUUAAGCUAGCAUCUGUAAAUCAAAUUUUGGAGAACGGCUUUGUUUAAAAAAGAAAAAAAAACUGUACAGGCUGAAUUGAGAAGAUGUUAGGAUGUUUUUAAAAAUGUAAAUUAACAGGGUUUGUUCAAGCGGCUGCUACUAUCCAUGUUUCUGUCCUCUUAAUGUUUUCACUGUGCUGCCGUUGUUGCAUUUCACUUUUGAAGGGUUGUAAAGCUCAAGACUUCACCUCACUGUAGUGCUGUUUUUAAGAUGUUUUGGUGUGAUGCUCUUUGAUUUACUGAUAAGAGGGAAGGAAGGUUCCCCCCUGCUUACAAAGGGGAACCUAAACUACUGUUCUGCAGCCAUGCUGUUCAUGUGAAAAAAGCAGUCGAUCAUCUUGCAGCUGAACCUUCAGCUACAGAGGAUCUCUACACGCUUUUCACUGUUUUGACCACAUUUGAAUGUAAAAAUGUAUAUUCUGAUCGUUUACAAAGUGCGUCGAGUGGAAAUAAGGCUGCGUUCUAAAAAGGGCAACUUGGAAAACUUGAACUCCCAGCACCAGUGAGGAUGAAGCGAUUUCUGAAAACAUGCUGUCAUUAUUUAUUUAACAAAAAGGAAUCCUAAAUGCAGAAGAAUUGUGAGGACAUCUAAGGACUUGUCAGCUGCUUUUGAGAUUUCAACUGUGUUGUUAUUUGGACUCUGCGGUCAGAAUGAAGGUUAUUUUAAAACUCAACAAUAAAAAGGAAACUCCGCGAAAUAGUUCAGGUCAAUCAGUGUGUUAAACGUUGUUUAAUCACAGGUUAACUCAUUUUCAAACAAUAAUUUGCUUUGUUAUUUAGUUCUAUUUAAGACUGAAAAGUGAUUUUUAUAAAAGGGAAUUUGUAUUGUACUGAAAAACACUUGAACAUAAUAGAAAGGAUCAUGAACUUACUGGGUUUUUAAUCAAAUAAUGAGAAGCGGAGUCAUUCUGUCAAACCCUGCUGUCCUUUCAAUGCAAUAUUUUUGGGAUUUUAUUUUCCGUUUGUAAUGAGCAGUCCAUAAGCGUAGGAUUCAUUUCCAUAGCCAAGUGAUAAAAUAAUUGCUCAGUCACUAGAAGAUUAAAUAAUGAAGAUGCCUUAAAUUCUAAAUCCUUGACAGUUUUUAAAAAGUUCUUAUUUAUUCAAAAGAUUUUUAAUUAUUUGGCACCAAAUAUUUUUUUUCCUUGUGUGUCACCAAUAUGUGGUCAAAAUAUGGCUACAUUUUUACCUCAAAGCUUUUUUUUUACUCAUAUGUCCAAAACAACUAGAAAAACAGAAUUCUGAAAAUUCCAAGAAAACAGGUACAUUCUAGAUGAUCUUUACGACUUCAGAAAGUUACCACUUUAAUUGCUUUCUGUUUACCUUAAACCUCAAUAAAACAACUCUCUAUUAUCAGAGUGCUAAUAAUUCUAGAAAUUGCAUCAGAUACAAAGAUAAAAAAACAUCCUGAUGUAAUCUCUGUCUGCACAUUUCAGGCAGGUUCCAUGAAAUACCUAUUAAAGUUAUUAAACUGACAAAGAAACAUUACGGGGCCUCAUAAAUGAUCUUUUUCAGGUUUUUGUUAGAUUUUUUCUAUGUUCACGGUUACCUUUUUUCUCUGUUAUUGACACUGGAAAAGCAUAGGAAGGCUUAGAAAUGUGCCUGUGUGGAACUCCAUUGUCUCUUCAGCUGUGAAAUGUACUGUAAUUUCUACUGUAAAUGUACAAAAUGUUUGAUGUUGAUUCAAGCUUUCUCUCUUUCUCAUAUGCUGGUUGUCUGAGUUAAAGAUUAAAGUAUUCGUUCAGUUUUUUUUUCUUCCAAGAAAUGAACCUUUUGUGAAGAAUUGUCAACCACUGAAAUUAUUUAUUUAUGCUGAGGAAAUGAAAUGUUCUUUUGCAUAUAUUGAAGGGAUUCAUUUUCAUAUUAAAGAAAUAGAACAGAUCUGUCACUUAACUUCAAUUUAGCAAAUCUUAAACUGUAAAAUGUCGGUACAUCUUAAAUAAAAAUGUCAUUUAUGGUUAUUUAA